CUUAUGAUGCUAGCAUCAUUUUACCACUGAAACACGGGUCUUCUUCAGUCGGGACCAUGACCCCAACAAAAAUGAACUCUAGCAAACUAAUUGUUGGUAAUUGUUUCAGGAAUCAUGGGAAAUAGCUUGAUUCUAUUCAUUUCCUAUGGGUAAAAAAGACAAAGAUAUUCAAAAGAAAUAAAGUAAGCCGCACUUCAGCAAAUGAGCUUUACAAAGUACAUUUGGUUUAGAGAAGUUCAAGAAUGGCACCAACAUUUGUCUGAAUAUAUUUGUAGGAUAAAAUAUAUUGACUGUUUUGAGCAAUCUGACAAUUCAAGAAGUCAAAGUGCUAUUCAAGAAAGUGAGCAAUGACCUUCAGAGGACUUUACAACGAAUGAACUGAGACUCGUUUUUAGACCACUUCCUGCCUCUGCUUUAUAUCCUUGUUCCGGAAACGUUAUAAUAACAGUUGGGAGGUGGGCGUGGCUCUUAUAUAAUUCUUCAGACCAAAGUUCAUCAUUAUAAAUUUGAUAGCACAGAAUCUCACUCAGUCGUUUUCUCUGAGCUGAAAUGGCACCGCCAGGACUUCGGCUGAACCAAGAGAACUUCUCUUGUUCCAUCUGUCUGGAUCUACUGAAGGAUCCGGUGACCGUUCCCUGUGGACACAGCUACUGCAUGAGCUGCAUCCAGAACUAUUGGGAUAAAGAGGAUGAGAGGGGAUCCCACAGCUGUCCUCAGUGUAGGAGGACUUUCAGUCCCCGGCCGGUUCUGGAGAAAAACAUCAUGUUAGCAGAGUUGGUGGAGGAACUGAAGAAGACUGAACUUAGAUCUGGUCUCUACUACGCUGGACAUCAAGGUGUGUCCAGUUAUGCUUCUUCUGGGAACAAGACGAGUCCUUCCUACGGUGAGGAACAUCUCCGACUUCACUCCGAUGUUCCAGCUCUACGGAAACACAAGCUGGUCGGACCGUCCGGGAAUCUACAUCAGAACGUCUGCUCUCUUCACGACGAGGUGAUGAAGAUCUUCUGUCGCACUGAUCAGAGGUGUAUCUGUUAUCUCUGUCUGAUGGAUGAACACAAAAACCACGAGACGGUCUCAGCAGCAGCUGAAUUCACAGAGAAGCAGAAGAAGCUCGGGGAGACUCGACUAGAAGUCCAGCAGAGGAUCGAGUCCAGAGAGAAAGAUAUGAAGGAGCUCCAGCAGGAGGUGGAAAACAUCAACACUUCUGCUGACAAAGCAGUGGAGGACAGCGAGGAGAUCUUCAACCAGAUGAUCCGUCUCCUUCAGAAAAGAAGCUCUGAGGUGACGCAGCAGAUCAGAUCCCAGCAGGAAGCUGAAGUGAGUCGAGUCCUGGAUCUCCAGGAGGAGCUGGAGCAGGAGAUCAGAGAUCUGAGGAGCAAAGACAGAGAGAUGGAGACACUCUCACACACAGAGGACCACAGCCAGUUCCUGCACAGAUACUCCUCACUGUCAGCUCUCAGUCAGUCCACACACUCAUCCGGCCUCCCGGUUUGUCCUCUGAGGUUCUUUGAGGAGGUGACAAAAGCUGCAUCAGACACCAGAGACAAACUACAGGAGCUCCUGACGGCCAAACUGGAAAACAUCUCCAUGACUGAGGCUAUAAUUGAUGUGUUACCACCAAAUCAAGAGCCAAAGAGCAGGAAUGACUUCUUGAAAUAUUCAAGGGAACUCACACUGGAUCCAAACACAGCAAACAUGUAUCUGUUGUUAUCUGAGGGGAACAGAAAAGCAAAAGUGAUGAAACAACAACGUUAUCAUUACACUCAUCCGGACAGAUUCACUGCUUGUGUUCAAGUUCUGAGCAGAGAACAUCUGACCGGACGCUGCUACUGGGAGGUGGAAUGGCGAGGAGAAGCCGUUUAUGUAACAGUCGCGUACGGAGACACUCCCAGAUCAGACAACUGCUUGUUUGGAUGUAAUGACCGAUCCUGGUCACUGUACUGUGGGAUCGAUCUUUACAGAUUCUGGUGCAACAAAGUGCGUACUCCCGUCUCGGGUCCCGGUUCCUCCAGGGUGGGGGUGUACCUGGACCAUGGAGCAGGUGUUCUGGCCUUCUACAGCGUCUCUGAAACCAUGACUCUACUCCACAGAGUCCAGACCACCUUCACUCAGCCGCUCCACGCUGGAUUCCGGUUUGGCACUGUUGGAGAUUCAGCUGAGUUCAUCAAACUGAAAUAGAUUCUGGUUCCAAGUCUUGGUUAGAACUCACCGCUGACGUCAACAUGUUGAUGUUUUGAUGGUUCUUGAGUUUGAUUGUUGAGAACUUCUUGUGAUCGUUUGGAAGAAAGCAAGGUUAGACUGAAUAUUUUGAAAACCAAGUGUAUAUCGUUGUGAUCAAAGCAUUUUGUCAGAGACUAAAAGUUUCAUAUUUUGUUAUAGAAUCAGUCAAUAGAACAUGUAAAGAGGAAUAAACUGAUGGGUAAGACUCUAGAUCCAACAAUGUCACAGACCACAGAGAUAGGUAACAUUGAUGAUAAAAUCAGUAGGAACAUUUCAAAAAUUAGACACAAUGCUAAUUAUAUGUCAACAGAAAUAGCAUAAUUGGUUUCACAGUCUUUAAGCCUUGGUAUGUAUUUAGACUUGAAAAUGAUUUGUUCUGGUCCGAGUCUGCUUAAUUUGGUCCAGAUCGAGUCCUAACAACUCAUUCUGACUUCCAACUCGUGACAUACUAACAUUCGGUUAAGGACCUCCUCCACUUUUUGACGUUUUUGGGUGUCCCCCAAUUCAUCGAGUUUUGACGUGGAUCAACCUCAAGGUUACGAACCGUAACUGGUCCAGUACCCGGACGUGGAGUACACCAGUACCUUAAUCCAGUACCGUUACCCUAACCUGGUACCAGUUUGUGCUUGGUACAGUGUCAUGGCCCAGUUCAUGCCGGUACCGGUUCGGGUCAGGUACCGCAUCUGGUAUCGCGUCCAGUACAAGGUUAGAGUACUGGUACUUCAACACAUGGGUGGAUGAGGAAGGGUUUGAGCCGGCAGUCUUCCUAUCAGAGGUUGGCCGCUCUAUCUCUGCAUUAUGGCUGCCCACAAUAAUUAACAUGGUUUUACUUUUACUUUGAGCUCAGAAAAGACCAGCCACAUCCAGAGUGAUAUCUUGCUGGAAAGUGCUGCGUGAGUCGCAGUAGCUGUAAAGCUAAUCUUAGUCACUCAUUCAUCAUGAAAUGACAUUACAUAACUCAUUUCUGUUUUUUGCCUCUUCGGCUUCAUUGAAUUGUUGGAAUUUUGAAUAACUGUAAAAAAAAAGAAUAAUGUCCAACAUAUUAAUUAUCACAUUUACUCAAAUUCUUGUAAUAAUGUGUCUUUAUAGAAGUGGACCCCAGGUAUAGUCUGUACAUUGUUAAAGACCAGUGGGGAUACUUACAAAUAAACUCCUUCCUGUUCAGUCAUGAAACAGUUUAAUCUCACUUUUACAUGUAUUCAUUUAUUCAUGAGAAACUGUUUUGCUGUAAUUGAUGAAUUCUGUAAACAAUAAUUCUGUUAAUUAUUAAUCAUGUCCUGCUUUGUUCUUUAAAUGUAAAGAAACUUAUAACAAAAAAUAAAACUAACAUGAAAUGAACAUGAAAUCUGUGUGUGAUAUUUUGUAUCCAGAUUCAGUCAAUAG